CUUCUUGAGCAGCCAUGUCAGUCAAAGGAUUUAUGUGUCAACUACUGGUGGUCCUCUGCCUUCUCCUCGCCAGUGUAUCCUGUUCACCAGCACGAGGAUAUUUCCAAGCUCCAUCUCGGGGUGGCCGAAGCUAUACGGAUAUCGCCCGGGUUCACAAUCCCAAUCAGUAUGCCUUCGUUGGAUCCAGAACAUAUCCAGGCCAGCCCUUCUGGCCCGGGGGAAAACGAUAGUCCCCAAAGGAUAUUAGUUUUAUUAAUGUAAAUACUCGGCUCAGGUUUUCAAGCAAUGAACUGAUAUGUAUCUUUAAGAUAGACU